CAAAUUCAUGGUGCAUUUUUAUUAAUUACUUUUUGCAGUGACAGGCUGAGAAUUUACGUAGAGUGCAGUAUAAAGAUGGCGUCAAAAGUCACUCCAUAUUUUAUUCUUACCGCCGAAGGCCUGGGAUCUAAUGAAACACCAAACGUUUGUGAUGAAACAAGAGAACAAACGGAUGACGAAAAGAGCACUGAAAUUGUCAAAUACAAGAAGCAGCCAAUGGUCAAUAAUUUGACUAGAAAGGAACUCACUCGGAAGCGAAUGGAGUUCAUUCAACAGAAAUUGGAGGAAUCAAGAGCAAGACAUGCCGAAAAACAGAAAACACUGUCGAUUAAUUUAAGACCGAUUCCGAGGGUUGGAGACUCAUUCAUGCCGCGGACUCCCCACACAUAUGUAAUACCGGAUACUUCACAAAAACCCCAACAAGAUCCGCCUCCAAAGGGAGUAGAAAUGGUCCCUCUAUCAGUAAGCCGCAGAUCCCCCACUAAUUCCGACAUGCCUUACGUUUAUUUCGUCGUUUCUGUGGAUCGUCUGCAAAGGUCGAAAACGGAUUUAAGUUCGAGUUCUUAUGACGACAACAGUCUUGGAAGCUCAUUGAGUGGUAAUUCAAGUGUUAAGAAAAGAAAUAAACUACUUUCAAGAAGCCAGCGCAGAAAAAAGAAACAAGAAGACGAUUUCCCAACUGUUUCCAAAAGUGAUGGUAACUUUAGCAAUGGGAAGAAGCAGAUAGUCACGAGAAAGCACUUUCCCUUUUUCUAUGGAUCCUCCCCCGUAAUUCCACCGCCUACCCCAGCCACUGUCACCACGUACAAUAUGCAGGACAGAGCUGACGACGAGUGUCAUACAGAUAGACAUCUGUCGGUUGGUGAUUUGCGGGAUUUCAACGACAAUCGCACCAACCAACCUGGCAAAGCCUCGCCGCCACGACUGAUAGAACUACCUUAUAUUUCGGGAGAUCUCCAGCGAAAAAAUCUUGGAUCCUCAAAUUCAUCCAUGGAAGGUAAAGCAAUGGAGGUUUAUCGCAAAACCUUGGCAAAUGAACCUGGAAGAAAAGUACACUUUGCAGAAGGAUUCGAUUUGCCAAACAUUCGUGGAGGUGGUAUGGGUAUUCCGAGGGGAUUGAUUUCUGAUUUUGGGGCUCGUCCGAACACCAUGCCAACAAUAAUGAGUGGGCGCGAAGACUUUGAAAGAUAUAUGAAUGCUCCCAUUCCGAGAACGGCAUUUGGUACACCGAGAUCCCGAAAACCUGGACAGCCCCUUAAUCUGCCAAAAAUAGAUAUCGUGUCGGGGGUAUAUGACGAACUCAUCGUAAAGGCAAUAGAAGCUUAUAUCAACGAAUUCCCACCGAAUUCUAAACAAGGAAAAGUUGCUCGUCAGUUGCUGCAGCAGCUUCACGAAAGAACGAUAACAACGAACGACCUAGCCAACAUGGAGAAAAAACCUCAUGGUCAUGGAUUGAAAAUCAAGGAAUUGGAUCCAGAAAUUCCAAGAGGAAACGAAAUGUCUGGAAGCAAAACAUCCAGAGGCCAUCGACGCCCUGUCAAACCUAAAGCAGACGGCGAGUUUAGUACGCUUGCGCCAACUUGUUUCCAGAUGGUGGCACCAGGGACACUAUCGGCCCGCGAUGAAGUUACAGUUGUAUCGUUGAAAUAGACAGCGCCUUUAAAAUAUCUAGAAAAACUUACAAUGAAAUCAUUUCGGAUUUUUUGCUUUGAAUAAAAGCUACAUCAUAUGAUAUAGAGUGCGUUUGAGAAAAAAUACAGGACAAGACUUAGCUGUAGACAGACAAAUGUGUGAUCGUUCAUCACAUGCGUUCGUCCAAACAUUUUUAGUGCUAUAGUUUCUUGUGCUAAAUUUACUGAUUAACGACAUGCUUUAAGCAUGAAAGCUCUAGACAUACUCUCUUAUCAUUCACCUGUCCUUCCUAAAUAUGUUCUUGGGUUUUUUCCUUAAUAUAUAAGGACAUGUCUGAUGGGAAGGCUCUUCUUCAUUAUUUCAAGUCGAUUUUUUUUUCUUUGUUAUCAGCAUUGUAUAACUAGUAAUUGUAAGCUGAGUGUUUAAUACGACAAACCACUUUCUGGUUGUUCCAUUGUUAAA